AUGGCGUCGUCCGCGCCGACGCCGACGCCGACGCUGGACGACCUCUGGGCGUCGGACCGCGCGCGCGUCAGCGUCGUCGUCGCCGCGACGCCCAAGCCCGGGGUCGACUUCGCGACCGCGCGCGACGCGCUCCUCGCCGUGCGAUGGGACGAGCGAUCGCUGGAGUGGCACUCGACGCGACGCGGGCCGCGAGACUCCGCCGCCGCCGCCGCGCCGGACGACGACGACGCCUUCGUCGUCGAGGCCGUCGGAUCGUGCCUCGCGUCCGGCGGCGACGAGUCGUCCGUCGCGCCUCGCGUCGCGGCGCUCGCGGCCGCGCGCUUCGACGACGCGGAGCUCGUCGUGAGCGCGCCGUGCCACGUGCCGUUUCUCGAGGUACGAGACGGCGUCGACGACCCGCGCGUCCGCGUCGCGGCGGCCGCGCUUCUGGAGAAGGAAGAGUCGCAGGGCGACGACGCGCGCGCGCGGGCGGUGGCCGCGUUCGCGGAGCUCGGCCUCGCGGCGUCGCGGCGAAGAUGCGUGGCGUCAGAGGACCUCGCGAGGCUGACGCGCGCGGCGACGCGACGGAUGGCGGCGGCGGAGCGCGCGAUGGCGACGCGUCACGGGAGCGUGCGCUUCGGCGAGGACGCGUUCGCGUUUCGGGAGAUGGGCAGCCGCGGCGGGCAGAGGUUCGACCUGCUGUUUCCGCGAGAGGGCGAGGAGGAGGAGGAGGGGGGGGGGGAGGGGGCGGGGGAGGGCGGCGGCGAAAGUCCUCAAGGAACGGCGUUCACAACGCGAACGGGCUCGUAUGGGAACCAGUCUGGGCUCGAAAGGGACGAAAGGGACGGAGGGGACGGAGGCGAGGGGGACGCGGCGUUCGUGCGCGCGUUCGCGAGACGCGCGCCGUGGGUCCGCGCGCUCGUGGACCCCAUCCUAUCGCCGCCGCCACUAUCGUCGUCGUCAUCGUCAUCCGCCAAUAGCGCGUCGCCACGUCGUACGUGGUGGUGCGACGUGUCCAUCGUGUACUCGAAGCCCGGCGCGCGCGCGCAGGACUGGCACUGCGACGGGCGGCACCUCGCGGGCGCCGCGCGCGCGAACCACGCCGGCGUCGGCGCGUCGCCCCCGUACGCGAUCUGCGUCUUCGUGCCUCUCGUGGACUUGAACGGCGAGGUCGGGUUCACGCAGUUCUGGGCGGGGUCGCACAAGGCGGACGCGCUCAUCGGGUUCGGGUCCGCGGCGGAGGUGUUGCGCGGCGGCGUCGACGGGAAAGGCGCGUCCUAUUUUCACACUGUCGACGCCGGCGGGUUCGCGGCGUACGACUACCGCCUCAUGCAUCGCGGGAUGGGAAAUUUCAGCGAGAGCACGACGCGGCCGGUGCUGCAGUUUUUGUACGCGAAGAGCACGUACAAGGAGACGAAGAAUUACGGGAGCGCGUCGCUGUUCGAGGGAGGGACGGAGGGACCCGCGACGAGGUAG